AUGAAUUUAAAUGUUUAUAAUCUAGAGGAUGAAGCUAAGAAUGCAACUGAUAAGAUACUAAAUACCAAGAUGGAUGUUUUCUUCUAUAUUGGAACAUUCAAUAUGCGUGCAAAAAAGGCCAAAGUCAUACGAGAACUUCGUGAUGAAAGAAGUAUAACAAAAUAUUAUGAUACCAAACCAGAAUAUCCUAUCAGUGUAAUUGAUCUUGGCACUGGUGAUGAUUUUAUGUUUUUUGUUCGUUCGGUGAUCUAUGUCGGUGCUGUUUCUGUUCAUGUUAAAUGGUCAAAAUAUUUAGCUAAUGAACCAUUUCCAGCAAGUGAAAGAUAUUAUCAAUCUCAUAUUUUCGGUAAAUAUCAAGUUUUAAUUAGUUAUUUGGCUGGUAAAUUCAAUGAAGUUGAUGCAAGAAAUAGAUCAUAUUUAUCUGGGUGUACAAAUGAAUGUUGUGAUUCAGAUAGGCAUCUUGAGAAUAAAGAUAUGGUCAAAGCUCUUUGCGUUCCAGCGUUUUGCAAUGAAUUUAUACCCAGAAUGCUAGCUAAUGAAAGUGACGAUGAAAGUGAUAAUGAAAGUAGUGAGCUUGAAUUUCCAGAAAGUAGUGAUGAUGAAGAGGUCAAUAGAUCUAAUCACAGCAGUUUCAAUAAUUUACAUUCUGGAAAUCGUUUUAAAGUUGAAGGUCCUGUGACUUAUCCAUCUAUUGCAACAGGUGGUGUAAGUGGACCCUUGUUUGGAACAAAAAAAGGUCACCCAUUUGGAAGAUCUCAAUAG